AGCUUAAACCACCCCAAAACAAAAACACGCGUUGACGUUGGGUCGAGGUGCUGCAGCUUUCCUCGUUCGUUCCAGACUCAGCGAUGGAUCUUUUCACGAUAGACACCGCCGGAGCCGGUAGUGCCGACUGCAGUGAAACCUUCCGACCGGUUCUUCUACCCUCCAGCAGCAACUACCAACAGAAGCCAACUUCCCAGGAAGACAGCGACGAGGACGAAGAAGAUGACGACGAUUAUGGAGGCCUUCCACCACCCAGCAAGGACAUUUUCGAGAUCCUCGGCACGUCACUCGCCGCUACGCCGUCCAGUUCAAAGGCCAAACGAGGCACGGAACUUUUAUUCCGGGAAGAUUUGAAUGCGUCAAAAGAAUCAACACUGCUUCGUAAGGCCCGCUACAACUCCCGGGUGGAAACGGCGUCCGUGAAGGAGCUGGCCCUCACCGACGUGGCCGCGCACAUGAAGGCUGCCGUCGUGACGCCAGCCACCGAAAAGCAGAAGAACUUGGCCACCCUUUCGAUGACCGAUCGCCAGCUUAAGGAGCAGAGUCGGAAAGAGCGCGCCAAGACGAAGGGUGGCAACUGGUUCAACCUGGGGGCGCCCGAGCUGACGGAGGAAACCAAGAACGAGCUGGAGCUGAUCCGGAUGCGGUCGGCACUGGAUCCGAAGCGGUUUUACAAGCGCAGCGAGAUGAAAACGUUGCCCAAGUACUUCCAGAUUGGCAAGGUGAUUGAUUCCCCGCUGGACUUUUACAACGAGCGCGGAACCAAGAAGACAAAGGCCAAGACGUUGGUGGACGAGCUGCUCGAGGACGCCGAGUUCCAGCGGUACAACAAGCGUAAGUACGCCGAGGCACUGGAAAAGCGCAAGAAGAAGGCCUACGUAAAGGCCACCAUGAAGAUGAAGAAGCUCAAGAAGAAGAAAAAGUAAACUUGUUUUGUUUAA